CCACACAAAAUGUACUGUUUUUUAGGCAAACAAAAUGUCGCUUAUAAAAAACCUGGUUAAAGAACAUGAACCGAAACCAAAGAAAAAGAAGAAGGAUGGAGAAGCUGGGGACAGCGAUUCCGAUGGCAAGGACCAGCCCCUGCGGCCAUUCGUCAAAACCGCCACAGAUCUGCAACGGCUGAAGCUGGAGAAACUCAUGAAGAAUCCGGACAAGCCUGUGAUAAUACCCGAGCAGCGGCGCGAGCGGGACUUCAUGUCCUCGGUGCCCACCUUUGUCCGGAACGUCAUGGGCAGUAGUGCCGGCGCGGGAUCCGGGGAGUUCCAUGUGUACCGCCACCUGCGCCGGAAGGAGUACGCCCGCCAGAAGAACAUCCAGAACCAGAGCGCCCGCGAAGCUGCCGAUGAGGCCUAUCAGCAGAAGUUGGACGACAAUCGUCGGGCGGCCGAAGAGAAAACUGCCAAGAAAAGGGCCAAGCGGCAAAAGAGGAAACAGCGGGUUAAGAAGCCCAGGGAGGAAAAGAAGCCACAGGCCAAGGAAGCCUCAGAGUCUAGUAACUCAGAUUCUGGGGAGGAAGAGGCUCAAGAGGUAGCUGAAGAAAAGGCGGACACUAACCCCGUAGAAAAGGAAGAAGUGGAUUGCAAGGAAGACAAGGAUGAAAGCAAGGAAUCUUCAAAAGUUGAGGCAAUAGAGAAAGAUUCCGAAGGAGUUGAUGAAGGAUCUUCAGAAGGAAGAACUAGCGGACAAGCUAAGGAUGAAAGCAAGGAGCCUUCAAAUGCCAAGAAGACAGAUCAGGGACCUGAACCCAAUAGUGAGGAAUCCACAGCAGGAACCACUAACGAGGAUAAAAAGUUAUUAGAAGCCGAAACCGAAGAAGCCACCGAAAGCACAUCUAAAGAAUCCGAGAACGUGGAUAAUCCCUGCUGAUAAAAACCACACCUAACUACCAUUGCAUACCUAUUAAUAAACCUUUUAGUUAUUAAUAAAACAAAUUGAAGUUUUA